GGUGUGUGACACUGAAUCAACUUGGAAGAUGGAUUUUGACAUUUUAUGCUAUAUUGUGCUGUUCUGUGGCUUGGGUUUGGCCCGCAGUGAUAAUAAUGCUACAGAAACAAAGUCAUGCAAUCCUGACAUGUGCAAAUUCUUGGUAGACUUCGGGGCCAUAACAGAAAAAGUGAACUCUAUGGAAACCAGGCUGGAGCACAGUGAAACUACGCUGAAGGAAAGUGAAACCAGGCUGAAGGACACUGAAAUGAGCCUAAAGGAGACUGUGACCCAGCUGAAAAACACUGAAUCUAGGCUUAAGGACAGUGAGACAAAGCUGAACCACACUGCAAACAGGCUGAAGGAGAGUGAAAACCAGAUUUUGGAACUGCAACACAAAGAAAGAACCAAGAUAAUAUUCAGUGCAACAUUAGGAAGCGGUGGACAUAUUGGACCUUUCGACACAGACAUAAUCUUAGUCUACAAGGGCGUAAUUACAAAUAUUGGCAAUGCCUACAGUCCAGUAACAGGUGUCUUUACAGCACCCAUUGCAGGUGUUUAUUACUUUACCAUCUUCUGUCAUGCUAGAGGAGAUCGUUCUCAACGGCUGUAUCUGUACAAGAACAACGAGGUGAUGGUCAUGACAAAUGAUCAUGCGAUUGAUACUGACACUAGAAGGGAAACUGAUAACGGAGGAAACGCAGUGUUCCUGCAGCUGCAGCAAGGAGACAAAGUUUAUGUGGUCCUGGAAGAAGAAACACAUGUUUGGGGAGGCGAAAGUCAAACAACCUUUAGUGGUUUUUUGGUCACACAAAUGUGAGAAAUGGCAAAUAUGCUUUUGCUUAAGAUGGCCUCGGUGCAGUUCUCACAUCAGGGACAUCAUUCUCACCACUCAAGAUAUAAUUCUCAAAGUAGUUAAGGCAUUUUUCAUAGACUCACCUGUGUAAAACACACUGAAACAAUCCAAAGUUUUUUCACAUGUCAAAAAAAUGUGAAUCAAAUCAAUCACUUCAGCUCUGUGAUCAGUGAAUUAAUUAAGAGCAUCCAAUACUGUAAAUGCUAUUUGUGAAGAAGAAAUGAAGAAGUACACUCUUGUGAGAAGUAAGUAUGUAAGUAUUCACUGCCUGAAUCACAGUGUGGGUGAAACGUAAUGUAGAAAAAUACAAACUAAAAACACAGAGCAUCAACUGUAUAUUAUCAUGACAGUAUUUUAAAAUGCAGUUUCCUAAUAACAUGACAAACCUUUAUAACUCAAAAACAGUGGUGCAUAGUCCCAGACAGAGAUUGUGCACCACUUCUUCUGUGUGUCUGGUAGGUGACCAUGUGACCAGCUCAUGGAAUCUUUAUCAGUUGUUAUCAGUCCUAAACACAUCAUUAGUAGGUGGCCUCCUCUGAACACCAGUUGGAGUGAAAGGAAGUAAAUAAUUCCAGGUUAAACUACUAACAGAAUUUAACAUUUGGACACUGGAGGAAGUGUCCAAAUGCAGUAUUGCAUUUUUACUUUACUAUUCUCUUUACUUUGCUAACUAUCUGUAAUUCUCUGAUAGAAAAUAGAAAAUGGGCAGCACUUUUAUAAAUCAAGACUUUGCUUUAGGCUCUUAAUAAAUUGCUACUCAGAUGAGUUUUAGUUCUAUAUGUCAGUUUGUGUUUUUCCCCAUUGUUAAAAAAGAAAAUUAACAUGAAAGACAUGAUACUAAAUCAUAACAGACUACAAUGAAGCUUAUAUGGAUGUUUUUGUUAAGUAAACAAAACAUCUAGACAUCAUUAUAUUCUAAACUGUAUAUUUAACUAUAUAAAGACACUUCAUUUCCUUCAGGGAUCCCAGGUGGCAAGUGCCCUCUAGCCUGAUCGGCCCCACGGUCCCGGUACCGGGGGCAAAAGGGAGGAGAUCAGGUUUAACUGGUUAUAACACGGGGUCAAAAAUAUAAGUCCACAGAGGUUUCUGUGGAUACCACAUGUGUGGUAUCCACAGAAACAUCUGAAUCUCAGCUAAAAUCUCAUAUAAGCCAUUUUGAGAACCACGAAACACAACGGAAACAAGCCAUGAUUAAAAGAGCAGUUACGUAAAUGCGCAAAAGUCCGCUGAAUGUAUAGGUUAUGUGAAUUGUAGUAAAAGCACUUUCAGUCAUCAGGAAAAAAAAGUGUCCUACAAGUGUUCUCAGUGUGAAAAAAUCUGUUAAAAAAUGGAAUCUGUUAAUUGUGGGCAAGCCAAUGUUAAAGUAACUGAGAUUAAAACAGAGAUAAAAAGAGGGGAUAGCAAUACAGUAAAGCCACCAGACUUGCCAUUUCAGUGAUU